GCCGCUCACCGCAGCGGCGGCCCAGCCACGGUGCUUCAGGACCGCCUCAGGGCCGCCCCCGUGCCCACAAACACCCACACGCACAACACCCUUCGCCCACAGCGCUCCCGCCCCCGCUUCCGCCCGACGCGGGAGGAGCGGCCGGGAUGUGCAGCGCCUGCGCCGCAGGGCCGGGGCAGUGUCGCGCACGGUGUGCGCAGCUGCCGCCGCUGCGUGGGGCCGCAGAUGGAGCCUGCCCCCGGCGCCGCAGAAAAUUCUAAGCUGAGACAUGUAGAAAAAGAUGUUUUGAUUCCACAAAUAAUGAGGGAUCGAGCCAAGGAGCUGUGUUUAGACAAGGUGCAAGCAUUUACUAAAUGCUGUCAAGAAACUGGUCUUCUGAUGGUGGUGAAGUGUCGGCAGGAGAACACAGCACUGAAGGACUGUCUGGUUGGCUACUAUUCUGAUCCAUCAUUCUAUGAAGAAUGCAAAGCAGAAUAUUUGAAGCAAAGAGAAGAAUACAGAGCAACUGGAAUUAAGAAAAAAAGACAGAAGUUUACUCAGAAUGUGUGAUUAAAACUUAAAAUGAACUUUUUUUUAUAUGCAAUUUGGAUUUCACUUGAUUUAAACAGACUUAAAUUGUCUCUACCACUCUGUGUGGAGUUUACUGAAAUACACAAAAUGAGAUGAAUGGAGAAUAAAAUAAUGUCUGAAAGUAAGUGUCAAUUUUAAAACUUUUCAUAGUUAAAGAUCUAGAGCAUCCUGUCACAGUUUACAAGAGAGGUUGCAAAGGUGUGUUCCUCUAUCUGGACUUGGGAUUUUGUUACUAGUGUACAAUUCGGAGUUUACAACUCUAGCAUGUCCAUUUGGAAUUUAAAGCCUGUAUCUAGCUACAUGAGCCAGGCUACAUAAAAACUUAUGGGUGAAUAAUUUAAGUUGUAUUAACUGGUCACAGAUUUGGUACACACUUAAGAUGGUCUGUUAAUCAUCACCUGAAGCUGACUGUAUGGAGAUGGACUUAAUAGAAGAGAAGGGUGGCAAAUGCAGAAGAGCUACUCAGACCAAUGUGAAUUACCCUUUUCAUCAAAAUGUUGUCAGAUGAGAGCCUGCCAUUACUUGUGCCUGUACCGUAAAUCCUUAAGUCUACACUGUGACUCACUUUUAAGCCUACACUGUCAGAAGGGAUGGAUGCCUUGCACUUGUGCAUGGCCCAGACUGACCAUUUCAACUCUAGGGGAGAAAGUAAUUGAAUCCAGACCUUUCUUGAGAACAGGGAAUAAGCUGCCAUGCUUCAGGAGUGAGUGAGUGACCUCACUUAGAAAAUUAUCCCAGGCAGAGGUAAAUAAACAACUAAACCAGGCAUAGAAGAUGCAGAUCACCUUGCAGGAACUAAGAAGGUCCCUAAUUUUAAAAGAGCACACAAACCACCUUUCGUGUACUGAUACUUGAAGCUGCUUAAUUGCAGUUAAUUAAAUUAUUAAAAAAUUAAUUGUAACAAACCAUCUUUCAUGUACUGAUACUUGAAGCUGCUUAAUUGCAGUUAAUUAAAUUAUUAAAAAAUUAAUUGUAAUUGCUUAAAUGGCUUCACUUACGGCUUCACUUAGAGAUACUAAUAUAAAGUUUUAGAAACUAUCUUGGAGUAUCCUCCAAGCAUUCUGAAAUAAAACUAAAUUUUUUAAAAGCAAGGAAAGGCUGCACUUGAACUUGGUAACUUUAAUGCCCUGAUUAAAGAAUAAAAAAAAGUAAUUUUCUGAGUAAGGAGUAGGAUUUGAUACUGUUCUGCUAGAAGAGGCAACAUUUUACUUGUUUAUUUUAAUACUGUUUCACCACAAACAGUAUUCCUCUAUUCAAGGAGGAAGCUCUGACACUUGUAUAUGAAGGACUUAAUGCUCCAGGUUAGUCAUUGCCUUUUAUUCUGUGCCUUUUACUGAAAUAAUCAUUAAUUAUGUUGCUUCAGCAGACUGGGUGGAGGACUGGACUUGGGAGUGACAAACUGAAAAUGUGUAGCAUUCUGCCUUGUUAGGCAAACUUAAGUGGACUCAGCUCUAAAAGUAACCACCUUGAAAUUGCGUACGUGGAACACUGUCCUACACAUAUACUCAGCUUCUUAUCUCAAGCGUUUUAGAAAACAAAAAUAUCCCUUAUUAGUUGUUUUGCUGUAUGUAUUUUAAAAAGGAGGAAAUUUAAAAGAGAUGGUGACAUGUGUUUUUAAUGUCAGCGACUGUUCUUCUGUCCCACUAUGAAAAUCUGUUACAUUUUCAAGCUCUGGAAAGCCAGCCUGGAUGUUUGAAAGUGUUGGCAAAAGCCCUGCCCUAGAGGAUUGGGGUGGGAGGGAGCAUUCUCUUAGGGGCAGUGCUGGCUGCUGCCAGUGGCGUGUGCCUGCACUGAGGGCUUACCUGGCUCAUACUCAGCUAUGGCUCAGGUCUGAGUCAGACAACUGCACCAGCAAUAGAGGUCUCCUUUUCUGCCUCAGCAGAAAUUGUGUGCAGCAGGUGUAGUGACCAGGACAGCAGGGGAGGAAUGGAACAAAGCUGAGGUGAACCUUCAGGUAUUGCUCCCCACCCUUCAAUACAGGCUGUAUGUGAACAGCAGCCACAGCUCACACCCGCACUGAUGUCACACCUGAAAUUCCAUGUACUGAAUGGUGCUGUCAGCCAUUUAUUUCUCUUUUCCUACAUCUGGAUUACUGGAGCUCCUCUGUUUGUUUACUCUGGUGUGCACUCAGAGCAAGGAUUGGCCCUUGGAUCAUGCAUCAGCUUUCUCCAUAAUACACCUCUGGCCUUAAUGUGCUGUUCCCUAGCUUUGAAUUCCUGGUUUCACACCUUUUAUUUUGUGCAUAUCCUGUACUUGAAUUGCAUUUACAGCUUUUAUUUAAAGUUUAAAUGAAAGACUGAGUACCACGACAUGACAAACUCAUACCACUGAACUACUUUCGGUUUUGGUUUUGUCUCAGCCGUAACUCUCCUUCAUACUCAGUUUACUGGAGGCAGCCCUGGAUUCUAAUCAGUGUAAGAAAACAGAGCUCAGCGGCCUAUCUGUCCUCUUCAGAGCACUUGGUAGGCACCCAACACACCCCUAUUUUUCACUGGAGGCUGCACUCUCUGGCUGUAUUAAAGGUCUCUUCAAACUCCUGAGGGGAGCCCCCUACAAAGGGAAGAUAUGAGAGGAAAGAGGGAGAAGGUGUCACGUACUUUAAAGGUCUGCCUUCAGAGAGUAAAAUCCAGACUUGGAGGGAAGAUGAGGGGCAGUUUGUAAUGCACAGGAUUUUCAAAGGGCAGUGGAACAGCCACUGCAGUCUGAGACAUCACGCAAAAAUUAACCUGCAAGCCAGAAACCCAUUCUGCUCCACAUUUAGUACAGCUAUACUCCUGGGUAAUUCCUCUGUCCUGUUUACUCUGCUGAUCAAAAAAUGGUCAAAUUACACUUGCAAUGUAAGUGUUCCACCUAGAUAAAAAUUGGUUCAGUAACAGUAAGCACCUGGGUGUUUCUUGCAUGCUUCUCCCUAGAUCAAACAGCCACACUCAAACAUGAUCAUCUUACCACUUUAAUUACUGUAUCUUAAUGUUUGACUUGCUCUCUUCCAUCUUAAAAUAAAAUUAAAUUAAUUUUGCUGGACAGUUA